AUGGAGUACCUAGAGGAGUUGAGUCGUGGAUACUUGAUCCAUAUUGUGAAGAGAAAUCUGGAGGGAAGGAUCAAGAUUUCUCAGGUACCGAUUCUAGUUUAUGAAUUUUGCAUUACAAAAGCAUGGGAGGAAAACUUUCUUGAUACUAGUCCCCAUCAAUUUGGUACAUCAACCAUCAACUCUCGAAAAGUUCUCUUUCGUUCCAGGUGGUAUAAUACCUUACCCGAAGAGAUAGGAAUGUUGGUACAUUUAAGUUAUCUUGGAAUAAGGAAUACUAAUAUUGAACAACUUCCUAAGUCUAUCGAAAAAUUGACAAAACUGUAG